AUGCCUAAUGCUGUCUCAGUUGAGAGUCGCCCCAGUACAGUUGUGCUUUGCAAAAUUUGCAAACCCUUUGCUUCCUCCGAUGAGUGGAAGAAUGCGGAGCGCCGCGCUCAAGCGGCUCUGACACUUUGGGCCCGUUCUCAUAAGUGCGCAAUUUUGGAUACUUGGCGUUGGCAACGUGAUGGGCGCGAUUCACAUUGCCGAUAUGUGGGCUUGGCCCGUGUUCCAAACAAUGAAGUUGAUUUGCUUUUGGGCGCCAGCGGUUCAGCUGGUUGGUUUGUUGAUGCAUUCAAGACUACUGCUUGUUCCCCUUGGCAGAUUGAAUGGCAACAGCGUGAAGAUGGUGAAGACGAUGUGCAAUACUUGCAUCGCCUUAGACGGUCGCAUUGCAAUUUGGGAAUUGCUGCGGGGACUAGGCAUCUCGGUCUUAGACACUUGCGACAAGCUGAUGCUGAGGUGACUCGCACUUGGGUGCUUGAGCAUGUGCCCGCUGAAUGGACUUCCGAUGAUGUUGUCAAUUUGGUGAAGGCCUCCUUUAGCAAUGUCUACAUGUUGAGCCGACGGCGUAGUGGUCGCAAGCUUUGCGAUUUCUUUUUCCGAGCGAGUGCCAAAGCAGAUUUGGACUUGCAGCCAUUCGUUGUUCAGCAAGAAGGUGGGAAUGUGACUUAUUGGGCUAAGCAUCACAUUUCCAAGCCAUUUGUUGCCAAAGAGACAAAGAGUCUUCCUGCGAAUAGAUCCAUGGAUCUUCGGGUGAAGCAGGGCAAUUGUGUUGUCACCAAGGCGGUCGCGACCUCCUCGGGUGAAGGGGGUGAGUCGCAGCAGCCUUCUGAACGUGAAGACAAGAAGGAUGCAAAGAAACAAAAAGUUCUUACUGCCCACAGUGCCGCUGCAGAUUUGGGCGAUGAUGAUCUUUGCAUCGAUGAUUUCGUUGAGGACACGACUGGGUUGAGCAAGCGUGAGCUCUUUCACCGUCGUGGCUCAAAGUUUGCGGUUGAUGCCAACAUUUUUCGUUGGAAGUGUGAUGUGUGCCCUUUUGUGAUUGAAGCCAAGCAUCAUGAGGUGCCGCUGUGGCCAGAGAUCAUGUUUGCAAAGCUGAGGUGGGUCGCCGUGAUGUAUCUAGCAUUGUUCGGCGUCUGGACUGCGACUUGGUCAAGAGCCAGCAGCUUCAGCAUGGCUUUGGACUCGGGUCUUUUCCGGGUGGCCAUCAUCUCGCGGUGCCCCAUUCGUCAAGUUUUUCUUUCCAAUAUUUCUUCCAAAGAUCGGUACUGUGCUGGAGUCAUUGAAGUUGCUCGUUCUGGUGGCAUUGAGAAGAUUGUGAUUUGCACUAUCUAUGCCCCGGUCGGUAAUGAUUCUUUGGCAGGCUCUUUGACAUCUGAGGUUGUUGCUGCUUUGGCUGUGCUGACAGAUCAGUGGCUGUUACUGGGCGGUUUCAACACGACUCAGGAUAGCCCUGGUGUGGGAAAAUUGUUGUCUACUGGAGCUGCUUUUGCUUUGGAUGAGGCCUUCGAAGGCCAGGGUGAGUUGCCGGGUACUUUCUCGGAAAAUAGACGCAUCGACUUUGGCUUGUCCAGUCAUCGACUACAUGCCAUUGAAAUUGACCAUGCGCCUGGAGUUGGUGAUCAUCUGGCGGUGCGCUAUCAGUUCAAUUUUUUGCUUGAUUUUGAGAGCUGUCGGCAACCACGCCGUUCAACUUCUUUUGCAUCUGACAAAGAGGUUGGGGAGAGGUUUCGUGAUUGUUGGUCCGCCUCCUCCUUUGAGGCAGCUCUUGAGCGUGAUGUGGAUGAGGCCUGGCAAAUUUUGAGCAAUUGUGCUGAGCAGUCUAUUUUUGCUGGAUUGUGCUGGCGCUACGCUCAGAUCUCAGUUUUGGUCUCCUAG